CUCAGUUCGGCUGUUCUCGUCGCGGAGCGUCCGAGCGGUGGAGGAAAAGGAAAGGAGAGGGGGGAGACUGGUCGUACUGGGAAGGGAAAAAAAGUCAACGACAUUUGAAUAUUAACACAAACCGUCAGCGGAAAGUGAACGCGGUACGAAUCGGCAGCUUUGAAGUCCACGUAGAGCCGCUUUUCCUCAGUCUAUGGUGUAAACACAUUAGUGUAGUUGUGACAUUGCGCCGUGAGCGACAGAGCAGAGGGAAAGGUCUCCUCCCAGUCUGUUGACGGAUACAGUUUGGCUUCAGUGAAAGGAGACACGGCUAGACCUCACUGUACAUUACCCCGGCCAGUGUUGAUUUGCCCAGGAUGUCUUCGAAGGCUCACAGUUCCAAUAACAUCACCCAUGCCCGGCGGACGGUGCAGCAGCUGAGAAUAGAGGCGAGCAUUGAGAGGAUAAAGGUAUCCAAGGCCUCUGCCGACCUUAUGAACUACUGCAGUGAACACGCCAGAAACGACCCUCUCCUUAUGGGCAUCCCCGCUUCAGACAAUCCCUUCAAGGACAAAAAACCCUGCACUAUAUUGUAGUGGUUCCACUUAGCCUUAAUGUUUGUUUGUUUUUUGUUUUUUUUUUUGCUUAUUAAUGUUGCUGUAUUCUUUUUGUUGGGAGGAGUGAGGGGUGGACUGUGAUCGUGUCAUUACCAUGUGUUCGCCUGUUCUUUUAACAGUUCAGCAAUUCAACCACUGUUAUCUCAAAAACAGUAAUGAGCAGAGAAAGCCCCGCACGCCUGUACUGUUCUCUGAAACUACUGACCCCGGCAGUGCCGCUGUUCAGUUCGAGCUCUCACCACUAACAACACUUUGGCUGCAUGAGUUGGGAUGGCAUCCGGUACACAAUGUUGCUUAAAUGCUAAUCAACAGCAGAUAUUAAUGCCUGAAUAUCGUACCAGCACUGGCACAGCGAUGGAUGUGGUCCUUCCUUUGUAAACAGUCUCACCUCCACUGGACUGUGAAUGUUACUGUCUCUGUGAUUUGCCUUGAGUGGAUUCAUGCAGCCAAAGUUUCCCUUCAUUCCUUUAAAAGUGUAUUAGUUUAAGGAUGGAUAAUAAUGGCUCUUAUCUUGUGGCCUCAGACUUCAUUCCCACCAGUAUUUUACAGAUUUAGUGCAGUUUAGAUCACUGGGUUCAGGAUUUACCCUGAGCUUCUACUCAAAUGUUACCAUGAUGUAUUUUUGAUCGGGGCACUAAUGUCACUGUAUCUGCUGUGAAAUUCAGAUACUCAAAGUAUUCUGCCACCCAUCACAACUGCAACGGCUCUGACUGGUCCAUGACAAUCCACAUGCCAUGUAAUCCACCGUUCCCCUGUCUGGUAUUUGCAGGUACGAUUACCAUUGUACAGUGUUGUCUUUAGCCGAUUGAAUGAACCAUCACAAUGAGAUAAGUUCCAUAGAAACGUCUUUCAUCCAAGAUCAUUUUAGCUCUGAUUCAAGCUGUUGGGAUACUAUGACCCCAGUGCUGUGAUGCUUUUGGAAACUUCUCAGCUGCACAUGUAAAACACAGAGCUGAUGAAGCAAAAAUGAAAAUGCUUUAUCACGUUCAGGCAGUGCAGAAGUUCUUUUUUUGUUGUUGUUGUUUUUUUCUGAAAACGUCCGCUGACUUUGUGUGUAGGGCAACACUGUGUAAUGAAGACCCUGGGACAAAGCCAAACCGAUGAUACUUCAUUUAAAAACAUCGAAAUAUGCGUCUGCAUGAGACCGUUUUUAGCCAUCCCUUCUGAAAACUCACUGUGGUACGUUAUUUUUAGGACGCUGACGACACAAAGUAUGCCAGCAAGUGCUACGCAACACUGUGAGCCACGCCAGUCUGCUCAUCACAACAGGCGUCUUAGUCGAGUGCUUGUGCUCGUUGUCUGUUGUCUUCGGCGCGAGGGUUGUAGGUACAGGUGUAAAUGGUAGUGUGCAUCGAUGAUUAAAACCACUCUCCUGAGACUGCUCUCAAAUCUUUCACGCUUUUUCAAUUGAAACUAAACAUUUGUGUUGGUGGGGGUCUUCAGUCUAACAUGUUUUCAUGUUGUGAUUCUCUGGGGGAACGUAUCUGCUAUGGUAAAGUUUAACAAAAGACCGAAUAGAUAGCAUAAAUAUUUUCUUUCACUCUAAAGCCUUACUUGUGUUUGCUUUGUAUCAUGAAGAACUCUUAAUGUGAGAACUUUCUUUGAAAAUAAGAUGUUUCUAUCAAAUGUUUUCAUCUGUGGGAUGAAAGUGAUUUGUAACAAUAUUGUGCCAUCUGUUCUCGUCUCCAUGUCACUAGCAGAACAUGUCAAAUCGUGUUUCACUUACCUGGUGCUCUCCGCUUUUUCGGCAGUUUUGGUAUUGUUGCCUUCUCCAAAGGGUACGUUCAGGUCUUCAAAUCAGCAAGAUCUGGUGUUAUUAUCCAAUUGUAUUUUUUUCUGAUUGUCUCUAACAGUCAGUUCUUCUUACUUGCAAUAAAUCAUUCCUGUAUGCCUCUUAAGGACAAGUUCAGAUCGCCACUGCCAUGUCUUGAUUUCUGUCCAUUCAGCAACUCCGUAACGGCCUUAUUGUACCAUUGAUAGAUUAAUUUAACUGUCAGAAUUUGCAUUUUGAUAAAUGUCUUUAUUAAUAUACCAACCUUUGUAUGAAGACUUAACUAAGAUUAAUAAAGUGAAGCAUUCCUGCA